UUGUCAGAGCGGGGUUGUCACUCAAACAUGAAUGUUUUGGUGGCAGGUCUGGCCAUGACCAUGAGCUACCUGUUCAGGGAACCUGCAACCAUCAGCUACCCGUUUGAAAAGGGACCGCUGUCCCCACGCUUCAGAGGAGAGCACGCUCUGCGCAGGUAUCCUUCAGGAGAGGAGCGCUGCAUUGCCUGCAAACUGUGUGAAGCCAUUUGUCCUGCCCAGGCCAUCACCAUUGAGGCAGAGACCAGAGCUGAUGGCAGCAGGAGGACCACUCGCUACGACAUUGACAUGACUAAAUGCAUCUACUGCGGUUUCUGUCAGGAGGCCUGUCCCGUGGACGCAAUUGUAGAGGUGUGCACAUGA